UAGUAUAUGGUUGUGGGUUGUACACAUACAGCUGAGGGCAGCUGAGGAUAUGAAAAAUACGUCAAUCUAAUCAAAUCAAGUCCAAGAAAAACAAAUGGUGUGAUCGUAGAUUUUAUUAUUUCGCCUAUCUUCCUCUACGUACUUCUAAAUCAGCGAUACUCUUAAUAGUAAUCGUAAUGCACGUCACAAGGAUUUAUUGAGAUAUUUAAACAACAAUCGAUCGCGUCAUUGUGCAAUAUUGUACACAAAACUACUAAUCAUGUUUCUGCGUAAAAUUCAUUAGCUGAAUCCAAAAAUUACUAAAGCAUUUUCGUUGUCACGCUUCCAAGAUGAAUUUCGACGACAAUUCGAGCAGUGGGUACGCGACGGCGGAAACCAUAUAUGGCACGCACGAAGACAGUCAUGUAGUGAUGUCCGAGAAGGUGCAGUCGCUGGCUGGGAGCAUAUACCAGGAGUUCGAGAAGAUGAUCGCGCGCUACGAUGAGGAUGUGGUCAAGACUCUGAUGCCUCUGCUGGUCAACGUGCUGGAGUGCUUAGACUCCGCCUACCAAACCAAUCAGGAGCACGAGGUGGAGCUGGAACUGCUACGAGAAGACAACGAGCAGCUGGUCACGCAGUACGAACGAGAAAAAUCCGCGAGGAAGCACUCGGAGCAAAAGCUGUUGGAGUCGGAAGACCACUACGAGGGUGAAAGAAAAGACCUGACGGGGCGGCUGGAAGCUCUUGACAGCAUCGUUCGUAUGCUGGAGCUCAAGCAUAAGAACUCCUUAGACCACGCCAGCCGUCUUGAGGAAAGAGAGAAUGAACUUAAAAAGGAAUAUGCGAAACUACACGAGAGAUAUACUGAGCUGUUCAAAACACACAUGGACUACAUGGAACGCACCAAGCUACUGCUUAGCACCGCCAGCGAUCGCAGUGAAGUUAGGGGCAGGUUGGGCUUGAACCCUGUCGGUCGGUCUAGUGGGCCAAUCUCAUUUGGUUUUGCGUCCCUGGAAGGCUCAGUGCAUGCGGUGGAGCAAACUGAGAGUAUCCCGGGCAGCCCCGAGAGUCUAUCGUCAUCUCCGCCCUCGCCACCCAUCGGGUCGGAGCUAGCUGCAGCAAGGACGGUAGAGAGGGCUCACCAGACCGAUGCAAUCUCGCAGCAAAGUCAAGCUACGUCGCCCGUAGCGCCUCUAAACUCUAAUACGGGCAGGUCUCAGACGAAGAGUGAGAAGCGAAGCGGAAACACCCUUUAUCAGGAGCUGGCCUUCCAUGAUACCGACGUCAGCAUCGCUGAAGGGGAUGACGGCGCUGAUAUUACUGGAAGCUGGGUCCAUCCUGGAGAAUAUGCAUCUUCGGUUAACGAUAACUAUUUUGGUAUGGGCAAAGAGGUAGAAAAUCUCAUUUUGGAAAACAACGAACUUUUGGCUACGAAAAACGCUCUCAACGUAGUCAAGGACGAUCUGAUAGUUAAAGUGGACGAGUUGACCGGCGAGCAGGAGAUAUUGCGCGAGGAAGUGGCGGCUUUGAGUUCCGCUAGAGAGAAGCUUCGGGAGCGCGUGUCUCAGCUUGAGGAAGAGUUGCGUCAACUCAGAGAGGCGCUGAGCGGCGGCGCGGGCGCCGCGGCCGAGGAAGACGAGGCAGAUGUACCGAUGGCGCAGCGACGCAAGUUCACGCGGGUUGAAAUGGCCAGGGUGCUUAUGGAACGCAACCAGUAUAAGGAACGCUUUAUGGAACUGCAAGACGCAGUCCGCUGGACGGAGAUGGUACGCGCCAGUCGAGUCGAUUCGACCAUCGACAAGAAGAGUAAACAGAGCAUCUGGAAGUUUUUUAGCAACCUUUUUAGCUCCAGCGAGCGCCCGCAACGGCCGCUGUCGACGCCGCAGCUGCGCGCGGUGACGGCGCCGCAGCCGUCGAUGCGGCACUCGCGCACGCAGGCCGACUUCAUCGAGACGCAGCUGUCCGACCACCAUCACAGGAGACACGACCACACGCGCUCCGAGCAGUUCCGACAGGUGCGUGCCCACGUGCGUAAAGAGGAUGGGCGAACCCAAGCGUAUGGUUGGAGUUUGCCAUGCAAGAGCGGUCAAGGACCCAAAGGCAAUGCCUGCCUUUCGUUAUCAUCUGGUGGCGUACCGGUACCCGUACCAGUUUUCUGCAGGCCAAUAGCGGAGUCGGAGCCUCAGAUGACGCUGCUGUGCGCGGCGGGUGUGGACCGCGGCGGCGGUCGCACGCCUGAUGGCGGCUGCAUGGUGGGCGAGAGCGUAUUCUACGACGACCGCCGCGGCAGGCCCGAGGACGCCGUGUGCCUAGCGCACGAGAUUAGUGCAGUGACACAAGCAGCACACUCGCCCGAGGUGGAGCAGAUCGACGAGCAACUGAGCUCGACGCGAGCUGAGGGCGAGCAACAGAACUUGUCCUCACUGGUGUGGAUCUGUGCUAGCACGCAGUCCAAGGGCGUUGUGAUGAUAAUCGACGCGAACAACCCAGCGGACGUGAUCGAAUCGUUUCCAGUGAGCGACAAGCAUAUCCUGUGUGUCGCGUCAGUGCCGGGCGCUGUGGAGGAGGACUACAGAGACCAUCGUGACCGGGAUUUGGAGCGCCUUCCCACCGUCAUGCCCAGCGACAGUGAAAACAAAAGGCAUUCGCAAUCUCUGUUCUGCGUCGGCAAGAGUGACUCAACUGAGAGCCAGAGCAACGGCAGUGUGGCGUCCAGUGGGAACGGGGGCGGAGACAACGGCGAAAAGGAGCUUAUAGUCGGCAGUACUAGAUUGGUGCAAGCCACUCUCCUUACUCCGCCGAGCACGCCAGUCAAAGAGGUGCCCCCUCAGGAAAACAGUGAAAGCAAGGAACCUAGUCAGCCGGAAACGGAGGCGCAGACAACUGAAAGUCCACCUCUGUCCUCUACGCCAGUCAAUUCAGCCGCGGAGGGGAGGAGCUCCCCCGAACGGGGAGUAGACGCGUUCGCAGAGGAGCAAGGCGGCGAGCGAGCCGCGGAAGGACGCGCGAUGUCCACUGUGAUGGCGACGAUGUGGCUGGGCACCAAGAGCGGCAACCUCUACGUGCACUCCGCCAUACACAACUACAGCAAGUGCCUGGCGAGGGUGAAACUAAACGACGCCAUCUUGUCGAUCGUUUGGUGCGCGUCCCGCUGCGUGGUCGCCUUAGCGGACGGUACCAUCGCCAUAUUCGCGCGCCUCGCCGACGGUCAGUGGGACUUCACUCAGUACUGGCUCAUGACGCUGGGCGACCCCAAGUGCUCAGUGCGUUGCUUGAGUGCGGUCGGGAACACCGUUUGGUGCGGUUACCGCAACCGCGUGCUGGUGGUGGAGCCCCGCGGCCGGCGCCUGCUGCACUCGCUUGAGGCGCAUCCGCGACACGAGAGCCAAGUGCGGCAGAUGGCGGCACAUCGGGACGGCGUGUGGGUGUCUAUAAAAAUGGACUCGGCGUUGCGGUUAUACCACGCGCACACGUACAAGCAUUUGAGAGACGUUGACAUUGAGCCGUACGUGAGCAAGAUGCUGGGUACGGGCAAGCUGGGCUUCUCUCUGGUGCGCAUCACGGCGCUGCUGAUCAGCUCCGGCCGGCUGUGGAUAGGCACCAGCAACGGCGUGGUGAUCUCCGUGCCGCUGUCCGAGGCCUCGUCCGCCUCCCACUCCAACUCCGCCUCGAGGCUGCCUCUACCCGGUCACGCAUCAGUGGUACGCGCGGGCGCCAUUCCGGGUGCCACGAGUAGUCCAGGAGACUGUAUCCCAUGGUGUUCUAUGGCGCACGCUCAACUCAGCUUCCACGGACACCGGGACGCAGUGACCUUCUUCGUGGCCGUUCCAGGAGCCACUGCGCAAACGUCGCCGGACUCUCCUCCUGCACCCCCUGCGACUAUUCCCCCUCCCACGCCCAUGCUCGUCAUAUCCGGGGGGGAGGGGUACAUCGACUUCAGAAUAGCUGAUUCCGAAAUGGAGGAGAGCGUGGUGGCGGCCGAGGACGGCUCGUCCAGCGGCCACAGCUCGCUGGCCGAGCGCGCGGCGCGCAGCCACCUCAUCGUGUGGCAGGUCGCCUCGCCGUAGCACGCGCCGCGCCUGCGCCGCCCGCGCCCGCCGUCCGACUGCGACUACGUCUACGUCUGCAUGUCCGACAAGCCGGCGGACAUCCACUAGAGACCUACGAAUAACUGUAUCUACAGAAAUGUAACUCGUACAAUGACGGUUUGUAAUGAUGGCUUUAAAUUUGGAACCAUACCAUACCGACAAUACGAUACAGCAACAUAAAUAAACACACAUUUUUUCAACGUCAAUUACAUUGAGAAUUUUCGUCGCUGCAUGGUCAUAUUGGCAUCGCUCAAGGUGACCGCCGUGGUGAAGCGACGAAAAUUCUCAAUAUAAUUAACGUUGAAAGAGUGUGUUUAUUUAUGUCGCUGUAUUGUUGGUAUGGUAUGGCUGUGUGGUAUGUUUUUAGCCGUAGGUACACGUGUACGUUUCACCCACCUAUGUAGCUUACAUGAUUAACUUAC